AAAUAUUAUCACAAUCCAAGUAGAAAAAACAAAUACACUAUUCAUUUUCAGAAAUGACUUCUUCAAAGCUUAGGCAUUCUUGUUCCUUCCCAAUUGUACUGCUUUCUUUUCUAAAUUUCAUUCUCUUCAUUCUUUCUGCAGCUUCUGUAGCUCCAAUAGUUGUACUCAAAACACCACCAACUUCACUUGGUUGGGCUUUUCUCAUGGUUUCUGCCAUUUCACUUCUUUCUUGUUUCAUUGGUUUCUACUCUCAGCUAACUCAUUGUUGCUUCAUAACACACAUAUCCCUUCUCUUGGCGUCGUGCAUUGGCCAAUUACUCGGCAUUUUGGCUUUGUUCACUAAAGAAAAAUCGAGUCUUUCGAUGCUGAAAUCACCAAGAGACCCUAGAGAAGCAAAAGUUUUGGUGAGAUUGGAAUGUGGGGUUCUAAUGGCCAUGUUUGUAAUGCAAUUGGGAGUGUUGGUUUUGACAUGUGCAGUGCAGAGUUGUUGGGUGAGAGAUUAUGAAGGUUUAGAAGCAGAGAGAGAGGCAUGGUCAAGGAAGAGGAAUCAGAGGAUUGCUAAAGUUCAAGAAGAGUCAAUGGCAAAUGCAAACAAGAUUUCUGAAAUGAAAGCUAAGGAGUUGGAUGAGAAGAUUAAGAACAAGUAUGGACAGUGGGUUAAAACUGAUUUUGAAGGCUAAAAUUCAAAGAGAGACAGAUUAAGAAGGUUCUAAGAGGGUAUUUAUAUAUGCAUUUGUGAGGUGUAGUACUUGUUAUGAUGAUGUUAUUGAGUCACUAUAGGGUGGCUAUUUGGAAUUUGUGGAUUGAUUUUAUUUGUGUAAAGCCUUGUUACAUC